AUGCCGGAGGUUGGAGCUCAUUGCGACGCGUCAGCAGCCAACCUGCUUGCCGAACAGAUCUUUGGACAGGUGGCGCUGGGAGGGGUUGGUAUCAUUCUCUCCGGCCUGGUUGGAGUUUUUGUUGUCGCUAGCCUCGUGAACCUGGAGGAUGUGGAGGAAGACUUCCAGACUGCUAUGAACAAAAAAAGUGUAGAAUCCGAGAAGAAGGAUCUUCCUGUUCCUGACAUUGUCGACCUCGAUAUCUCAUACGACUCCGAGGUGAAUUCCAGCAAGGACGAGAAGUGA